AUGUGUGCGACUUUCAACAUCAACGUUACGCACGGGACAAUCCUAUCGUUCGGCUUGUACGAUCUGCAUAGAUGUUCGGUGACAACACAUCUUCCAACUUGUUCGCCAACAUCUCUACAAAUGGCCCUGGCCUAUUUCCAAUGCACACCACAACAUCGUCGUCCUCCACUUUUUCCUCACUAUUCUUUCCUGCUCCGAUAA